AUAAUAACGGAGGAAGUAGUCUUUAAAGAUACCCAUUCAUAUUCUUCACUCAUCUCGACAUCUCCUUGAUUCCUCCAAACCAUCACCGACCCAAACUACUCCCGCCCUCCGCCUUGUGCUGUCUGCAGCCGUCGCUCAGUCACCAUCAACCGGCUGCCGCCUGAUUCAACAUCCACUUGUUGCCGCCUGCUUGUACUAAGGUGCUGAAAAUAAAUCGUACUUAGAAAAAUAAUUUGAAGAUUAAUUGCAAUUUCUGAACCUGACAAUUCCAACUUUACCCAAUUAAUCCCUCUUUUCAUUUUAACCCUAAUUCGAUCUGAAUCUUUGCUACUAUUUAAUCAUCCGAUUUCUCUGUCUCUGAUCGUCAUCUCCAGCGGAUAUUCGUGCGUUCGUAGAGUAUUGAUCCGCCUCAAUAAUCUCGAAGCUUCCUUUGAAGUCACUUUUUCAAUUUCUCAUGAACCCUUAAUUUAUUGUUUAUUCAAUUGGAAACCCUAAUUCAUGUUCUCCAAUUUUAUUCAAAACCUUUAAUUGUUUGCAUCUGAAUUGUCGGCGCUAUUGUGAAAAUGGAUUUGGAGACUGAGAACAGAAUAGCAGCAAUUUUAUUGAGGGAGGCUGCAGAAUUACGGCGACAAGCUCAGCAAGAUGGUGCUCUUGCUUAUCUACGCAAACCUACUGUCAGGGGUCGCCCUAAUUGUCGUUUUCUUACGGCCACCGUUCGUGGGAUUCAACAAGCUAAUCGAGCUGUGGAAGUGGAUGAAAUGUGGCGACUUCGGCAGAAAGAGAAAGAGCUGGAUGAUAAGCUUAAGGGUAAGUUGAGGGUUGAUCGCAGUGACAGUAGCAGAGAUAGAGAUAGAGAGCUGCAUGAAAGCCAAAGCAAGAGGCACGAUUCAAAUCCCUCAUGCUCAUCGAGAAAAAGACCAUAUGAAGAUGACUCCAAAGAGGAAGAAGGCUUGAGAGAUGAAGAAAUUGAGGAGUUUCUGCACUCAAGGGUUAAACGCGGAAGGGGUUCAAUAGGGUCAAGGAUGGAUGAAACUGGUCCGUAUCUCCCCAGAUCUUUAGAAUCUCCUGAUAAUUUAGCUUCUGACUACUCAAAGGAAGAGCAGCACCGCCGAGAUAUUGUUGGUCCACAGAAGCCUUCAUCUUGGAAAUGUAUUGAUUCUUCUGAUGAAUCAUCUGACGACGAUGAAAGGAAGAGAUCUAAGAGGAAGAGUAGUUCAGGAGGAUCAAAAAGAAAACGCUCCAAGAAGCAUAAGUCGAAAGAUAAGAAAAAGAAGAAAAAGGAUAAAAGAUACAAAGACUAACUUGCUAGGCUAAUUAGCAACUCUGUAACCCACAUUGCAAUUUCCAAAUUUAAUGUUCAUAUAUGUUUGUCUUGACUCCUUUCUUGCUAGCAAUAUUUUACAGUUGCACUUUCUAGUUUGGUUUCCAGUGUAUUGUAAUUUUAUAGAUACACUGGGUGCCAAAACAUUUGUUUAUUGGGAACAGCUAUGUGUGCAUAAUUGUUAUUUCGUCUCACUUAGUUCGUUACAUUUUCAAUUGUGA